AUGGCCACUCAAGAUAGCUCCCUCGAGAAUCAAGCUUUGGGCCAAUCGAGUCAAAAGCUGCUCUGCCUCACAAUCUGUGGUUACCGAAAGCCGGGAAUGAGUGAAGAGGCCUACCGACACCACAUGACACAGAUCUCGGCACCCAUGACCAAGGACUUGAUGGCCAAAUAUGGAAUCGUGCGCUGGACACAGGUGAGAUCGGGAAUUGCUCAAAGGCUCGGACACCGGCUGAUUCCACAGAUCCACAACACCAGCGCCACCCGUGCUCUUAUGGCACAGCUCUUCGACCCCCAAUUCGCCAAUGUGGUGGGCUAUGACUGCUUUAGUCAGGCGGUGUUUAGGGACAUUGAGGACUACAAGCGCAUGAAGCAGGAUCCCUGGUACAAGGAGCAUUUGGUCGGUGAUCAUGAAAACUUUGCCGAUACCAAAAAGAGCCAGUAG